UGCGCAGGGGAGCGGCCGGUGGCGGCGCCGGGUCGGGCGCGGGGCGAGAGGCGCCGGAGGGGGCCGCCAUGAGCUUCCUGAUCGACUCCAGCAUCAUGGUCACCUCCCAGGUGCUGUUCUUUGGAUUUGGGUGGCUGUUCUUCAUGCGCAAGCUCUUCAAGGAUUAUGAGGUGCGACAGUAUGUGGUCCAGGUGAUCUUUUCUGUUACAUUUGCCUUCUCUUGUACCAUGUUUGAACUCAUCAUCUUUGAGAUUCUGGGAGUGCUGAACAGCAGCUCUCGAUAUUUUCACUGGAAGCUGAACCUGUGUGUUAUUUUGCUGAUCCUAGUCUUCAUGGUACCCUUCUACAUUGGUUACUUUGUUGUGAGCAAUAUCAGAUUAUUACACAGACAGAAACUGCUUUUUGCAUGUGUUCUGUGGUUGACAUUCAUGUAUUUCUUCUGGAAGCUGGGGGAUCCAUUUCCUAUCCUCAGCCCCAAACAUGGAAUCCUGUCUAUAGAACAGCUCAUCAGCCGUGUGGGUGUGAUUGGGGUGACACUCAUGGCUUUGCUUUCAGGAUUUGGGGCUGUCAACUGUCCAUACACUUACAUGUCCUACUUUCUCAGGAAUGUGACAGAUGCAGAUAUUCUAGCUUUGGAGCGAAGACUCCUUCAGACAAUGGACAUGAUUGUUAGCAAGAAAAAAAGGAUAGCAGUGGCUCAUAGAACAAUGUUCCAGAGAGGAGAAGUGCACAACAAACCCACUGGCUUCUGGGGAAUGAUAAAAAGCGUUACGACAUCUGCUCCAGGCAGUGAAAAUCUGUCCCUUAUCCAGCAAGAAGUGGAUGCCCUAGAAGAGCUGAGUCGGCAGCUUUUUCUGGAAACUGCUGACCUGCAUGCAACAAAGGAGAGAAUAGAGUACUCAAAAACUUUCCAGGGAAAAUACUUUAAUUUUUUGGGUUAUUUUUUCUCCAUAUAUUGUGUCUGGAAAAUCUUCAUGGCAACCAUCAAUAUUGUAUUUGACCGUGUGGGGAAGACUGAUCCAGUCACAAGAGGAAUUGAGAUCACUGUAAACUAUCUGGGAAUUCAGUUUGAUGUGAAAUUCUGGUCCCAGCACAUUUCCUUUAUUCUUGUUGGAAUAAUCAUUGUUACCUCUAUCAGAGGAUUGUUAAUCACACUUACAAAGUUCUUCUAUGCCAUUUCCAGCAGCAAGUCCUCCAAUGUUAUUGUUCUGCUUUUAGCACAGAUAAUGGGUAUGUACUUUGUGUCAUCAGUGCUCCUGAUCCGGAUGAGUAUGCCUCUAGAGUAUCGUACUAUUAUUACAGAAGUCCUGGGAGAGCUCCAGUUCAACUUUUAUCAUCGUUGGUUUGAUGUGAUAUUCCUAGUUAGUGCACUGUCCAGUAUCCUCUUUCUCUAUUUAGCACACAAACAAGCCCCAGAAAAGCACAUGGCCCUCUAACUAAGGACUGCAGUCACACACUGCUCUCGGCCCCUUCAACUGCACUGCUGCAACUCUUGUGGACUGCAAAGCUUGAAGAAAGCCAGGACUAUCCUGUUUUCCAGCAGUGUGACUGGCUCUUUGAACUUCCACACGUCAACGUCAAGCUCUGUGGCUGAUUUUGUUAAGGUGCCACAGCUUGAAGGAAAGGGAAUGCACAUAUUGAAUGUGAGAGUUUAUUGCAAAGGAAUGAGGGCACUCCUCGGUACCUCAGUAUCUAGGGGCAUCGGAAUUUGCAUAGUAGGCUGUUGGAGGUAAGACCUCAUACUGUUAGAAGAGUAUCUUCAUAGAAGGCACCAAGAAAAUGUGAUUUUUAUUUUGAAAAUCGACCCAUAAUGGGGAUUCAGAGGAUGGCAAUUCUGGAGUUGAAUGUUUGAGUCUGUGGAAUUAAAUAAGCUCUUAUAUCAUCUCAUGCAAGCAUCACAGUUGUUUUUUGUAAGCCCCAAAGAUUUGGUUGGAAGUGAGCUAAUAAGUCUCUAGAAUUUGCUCGCUGGCAGAAGUGGAGAGAAUUUUGUUCCAUUUCUAUAUGGAGUGUAUGCUAGCGAGUAUCACUAGUGGACCUGCUGUUCUUAGGAGCUGGAGAUUAGCUUUCUAUAGCAGAGUCUCAACUUUUGUUUUCUUUCCCUGCAUAAAUGGAACGGGGUUUUUUUAUUCCUCUUUACUAGAGUUCAGUGUGAAGUCAAAGACCACAACUAUGUGUUGUUUACCUUAUGCGGUAAAAUUUUCUUUACCUUGUAUGCUGUACAUUUGGUGUUACCCACAACCUAUGUAUUUUUCUACAGUAGACCAUUUUCCUUUCUUGAAAGGCAUAGAAGAGUCCUGGUUUGAGCCAGGAUUAAGCCACUUUUCCUUUUACUGCUUUUUUUUUUUUUCAGUAAGCUUUCUUUUAGGCAGCAGCUAAGUGUUCCGGCUUGGAAUGAUAACAAACCCUGGAAUGUUUUUUUUAACUGCUGGAACUCCAAGGUCACAUCUUUGCCAGCUCACACACUAUGGGGAGAUCUAUGACACCCACAUAGGAGGAUUCCCCUCCAGGGAGGACUCCAUCCAUCCAUCCAUCCAUCCAUCCAUCCAUCCAUCCAUCCAUCCAUCCAUCCAUCCCCGUUGACCCCUAGGCUCGAGCUCUCCUGACCCUCAUAACUGUGCUCUCUCUCGGGCAGCUCCAGGACUUUUUGGGACUGUUUGCAGCUAAGGAGAGUGCUGUGGGAGUUGCUGGGGGUGGGGGAAGCAGUAGGAGUUUUGCACAUCUCCUGAACACAUUUGUGUAUAAUUGUAUAUAUUUUCUUUUCUCAUUAGUGUUUAAUUAAAGCUAUGUAGUUUAGUUUUCAA